GCCCUGAAAGGAUAAGAAUACCUUGUUAAGUCCGCAAAAUCGGGUGGGACCUAAUGCAAUGUUUCACUUUCUCAAAUGAUCCAGACCGUUCCGGGCGAAUCACUCACCCACCCCCUCUGCCUGCUAAGGUUUUCUUCUUUGGAUCUUUUCAUUCCCAAACCCUAGCUCUGCUGGUUCAGUGCUAAUCCCAUCCGCCGACUCUGAAAAAAUCCCUGAUCCCUUCGUGAGGUUCGGUAUUCAGAACUUCCUCAGCCCGGGAUAAUUCGGUUUUCAGAAGUUUCUUUUGCCCGUAUGCCUCCGGUGGGCAAGGUGCCGUACGUCUCGUGGGGCCGUAACAAGCGCAUGGCUUUCAAGGAGGCGGAGGAGGAGGAGGGAGGGCCAUGGUUGAAUCUUUGGUUGGGGAAUCUCUCUCCCGAGACGGUCGACGAGGAUCUGAUGGCAGCGUUCGCUAAGUUUGGUGCGAUGGACUCCGUUACGUCCUACUUCCCACGGCCCUAUGCCUUUGUGUACUUCAGAACCAUCGAGGAUGCCAAGGCCGCUAAACAGGCACUCCAGGGAAUCGUGAUCCGUGGAAGACCAAUCAGAAUCCAGUUUGCCCGACCGGCAAAACCAGGGAAAACCCUGUGGGUUGGUGGUGUCAAUCAAUCUGUCACAAAGGCGCAACUUGAAAAUUCAUUUGCAAAAUUUGGAGUGAUUGAAGAGUUCAAAUUUCUUCGGCAUCGGGGUUCAGCAUUUAUUUGUUUUCAUAGGAUUGAGGAUGCUAUUUCUGCCCAGAAAAGCAUGAACUGGAAUCAUCUUGGCGGCAGUGAAAUACGUGUUGAUUUUCAGAGGUUACCUCUUUUUAGAAGGGAUUGGGAUGCAGAGCGUGAUCACAGGGGCAGUAAGAAUGUUAUACUAACCGAUCAGUUAUUACCUUCUGAUGAGAUGAAACAUUUGCUUGACUCCUCCCCUCACCUUGGAAUAAGGAGACAUCUGCCACAAGGAAAGAGAAAGAAUGAACAACCAAGUAAUGUCCUUUGGGUUGGUUACCCACCAGAGUUACAGAUUGAUGAGGAGUUGCUUCACAAUUCAAUGAUUUUAUUUGGCGAAAUUGAAAAAAUCCAGAGCAUUCCAUCAAGAAACUAUUGCUAUGUAGAAUUUAGAAGUGUUGAUGAAGCGCGUCGCGCUAAAGAGGGAUUACAAGGACGUCUUUUGGGUGAUAGUAGGAUACAGAUUCUGUUUGCUAAUAGUGAGCUAAUACCAGGCGGAGAAAAUGCCCCCCUUUCUGCACCAGAGUUUUUUUUGAAUGAGCCACCUAUGAGCCCGGUGGAAUUAUUUGGCCCAGUUCAUCCAAUGGCCUCAAACCGUUUUCAUGGACACUUAGCUCCAAAUGUUAUUCCUCGGGCUCAUAUGUCAAUUAGGCCUUUUGCACCAGGAUUUGAUCCUCACCUUGGAGGUUCUGAUUUCCACGAGUUUGGUGGUGUUAUUCAUGGGUUUCCUGAUAGCAUCAUUAACAAUCCAAUGGCAUCAAAUUUGAAGAGGCUGUCGCCCCCUGCACCUAGUGUAAUCACUCCUGGGCUUGUGGUGCACGCACCUUUGAUGCCCUCACAAGCUGGACGAGAUGAUUUGGACGUUAGGGAACCUAAAAGAUCAAGAUUUGAUGGCUUUUUCCCUUCAAGUGAUGCUCAUUUUCCAGGACGAAUAGUUGAUGCUGAUGAUAUGCCUGACUUUUCUGGAUUGCCUCAUUCUGAUAGAAACUUGCUUACUCGUAAUCUUCAGCAGACUCCUGAUAUUCGAGGUCAUGAUCCUUCAAGAGCAUCUCCUGGAAUCGACUUCUGCUGGCGUGGUAUUAUUGCUAAGGGCGGCACACCUGUUUGCCGUGCACGAUGUCUGCCUAUAGGAAAUGGCAUAGAAGCUCCGUUCCCUGAAAUAGUGAAUUGUUCAGCAAGGACCGGAUUAGACAUGCUUACAACACAUUACUCAGAGGCAGUUGGUUUCGAUAUGGUGUUCUUCCUUCCUGACAGCGAAGAAGAUUUUGCUUCUUAUACAGAAUUUCUAAGAUACCUCGGUCAAAGAGACCGAGCUGGAGUGGCAAAGUUUGAUGAUGGGACUACAAUGUUUUUAGUGCCUCCAUCAGAUUUUUUGACAAAGGUUUUAGAAUAUUCUGGUCCUGAACGCUUAUAUGGUGUUGUUCUUAAGCUGCCACAGCAGACAACCGCAACCGGGCAGCAACUACAACCUAUAAUGCCUGCAACUGAUGCUAUAGAUACUCAGCCAGGGAUGGGAUCACAGAAAAGUUAUGGUUUUAUUCCUCAGAAUCAGGACCAAACUUCGAAAGUAGACUACGGCAAUAGCUCACAUGAGAGAUCAAUACCUCAUGCAGUGGCUGAAAGGCCAAUGUUGGUGCAUUCAGAAGAACCACAUCCAAUUCCUGCAGUUGCACAGAAUCACUUGAAGAGCCAUGAAACUAAAUCUCAACCCGAAGUAUCUCUAACGCCUGAAUUAAUAGCAACGUUAGCCUCUCUGAUCCCUACAAACCCUCAUCCAUCUGCUGUCAUGCCUUCUCAGAUGCCCUCAAGUUCUGCUCUGAUACCAGCUUUUUCUGCUCAUCCAGUCAAUGAUAACUCAAUGUUAAUGCAAGCUUGGGGCCAUGAAGGAAGAACCUCAUUUUCUGGUACUUCCGUAGAGCAGAUGUACAAUCCCAUGCAGAAUUUGCCACGGCCUGGGCAUCCCUAUUCCAAUCAAGUACCAUUGGUUUCUCAGUUUUCAAACUAUACAAACAGUACAAAUGGUUUGGAUAACUCAUUCCAACCUUCCAUGGUUGGCAUGCCCUCCAUUCAAGAUGCAUCUUUACACAUACAACAGGUUCCUGGUGUUGUUGGAACUGUAGGGAAUGAUACAGUUUCAUCACAGGUUGGUCAAUAUCAAGUGCUCCAGAACAGUCAAGCUACCGAUGUAGCUGGCAUCUACGGCUUGGCCCUCCAUCAGCAAAUUAUGCCUGCUACUCCUGCUUCAACUUUUAAUGGAAGUGUGUUGCAGGUGCCAGCAGAACCAACUGUAAUGAAUGCGGACCACCCUGGUCAAACACAGCAACACUUGCAGGCGUUUAUUCCUGGUUCUGGGCAGGGUAACUUAGAGGGUGAUGCGGAUAAGGAUCAGCGUUACCACUCUACUCUGCAGUUCGCUGCCAGUUUACUCCUCCAGAUACAGCAGCAGCAGCAAGCUAAAGCACUGGCUGCACUCGGGUUUGGAAAUCAACAGUAGCAAUGUCUUUUUCCUGGUACGAGGACGUCCGGGACACACAACAACAUCACAUUAGAUGCGAGCUUAACAUGAUUUGGAGAAAAUUCAACACGGGAAUUAGAAAAUUAUAAAUUAACGUAUAGCCUUAACUAUACGCUGUAGUCGAACUGACCCAUCUCUCAUAAUUUUUAAGUUUCCUCUAACAUUUGUCUAAGUUGGGCAUUAAAUGUGCAUUCAAUAUUUGUUGAAACUGCACAUUAGUAAUUCC